GUUUUGUUCGUUUCCUGGUUUUGGCGCAUGCGCUUUGCGCUGUCCUCGGACUUGCCCUCUGCCUACGCGAGGCAGGAGAGCGUCUUUCAGCGCCCGUUCCUCGGCGCUGGCGGUUGUGUGAAAUUGGUUUUGUACUCCUUUUUGCCUCCAUGCAGUAAUAUAGUGGCAAUGGCGGGAGUCCUGAAGAAGACUACUGGGCUUGUGGGGUUAGCUGUAUGUAACAAUCCACAUGAACGCCUCAAGAUACUCUACACAAAAAUUCUUGGUGCUUUAGAGAAUAUGCCUAAAGAUGCAGCAUACAGGAAAUACACAGAGAAACUUAUAAAUGAACGGUUUGACAUGGUGAAAACAGAACCUAAUGUGCAAAACCUGGAAAAGAAACUGAACUCUGGACAGAUAGAAGAAGUGAUUCUGCAGGCUGAAAGUGAACUCUCCUUAGCCAGGAAAAUGUUGAAAUACCGUCCUUGGGAACCUUUAGUUGAAGAACCUCCGGAAAACCAGUGGAAAUGGCCAAUAUAAUUAGCACUGUUUCAACCAUCGGCAUAAACAGAGUUAUUUUAUUAAACGAAUGUAUGCUGGA